AUGAAUAGCACAUCAGACACCUUCCAUCCUUAUCCGACACCACCAAGAUCUCCGCCCAACGCCUUAUCAGACACGAUAGACGCAUCACCAAUUACCGUAAUCGCGUCCUCGCGCGCUAUCCGAUCGGGAGGGAUCUCAGCGGCCACUAUCGUCAUAUCCAAUGCCACGGGAAAGAUCACAUCGACGUUUGAUUCGGUUGUUCCUGCGUCCGAUUUCCCACCCAAUACCCCAUAUACGGAUUACUCGCCUCAUAUACUACUCCCGGGAUUGGUCGACGCCCAUGUCCACCUUAACGAGCCAGGUAGGACAGAAUGGGAAGGAUUUUAUACUGGCACACAGGCGGCAGCCUUUGGAGGAGUCACUACUGUAGUGGAUAUGCCUUUGAAUGCAAUUCCGCCUACAACUACUGUGGCUAAUCUCCAUGAAAAGAUCAAGGCUGCACAAGGACAAUGUUGGGUGGACGUGGGCUUCUACGGAGGUAUUAUCCCAGGCAAUUCAGGUGACCUUAAGGCCCUGGUGAGAGAAGGAGUCAAGGGGUUUAAAGGAUUUUUAAUUGAGAGCGGAGUGGAAGAGUUUCCGGCUGUUUCCUCGACAGAUAUUGAGAAGGUCUUUGCGGAGCUUGCAGAUGAGCCCACAACUGUCAUGUUUCACGCCGAGAUGAUCCCUCCAAUCUCUGACUCGGUUGGCGACGAUGUACAAAUUUCGUUGCCGCCUCUUCAACCUCAUGGCCCAUUGAACGCUUAUAGCACGUUCUUGGCCUCGAGACCACCAGCCUUUGAGACAUAUGCCGUCGAGGAAAUCUUAUCACUGGCUCACUUGGCACCAAACCUGCCACUCCAUAUCGUUCACCUAUCAGCCAUGGAAGCCAUCCCACUAUUGAGAAAAGCACGAGCCCAGGGGAUCAAUAUCACUGCUGAGACCUGUCCUCAUUAUCUUUCCUUGGCGGCAGAGCAGAUUCCUUUGGGUGACACUCGACAUAAAUGCUGUCCGCCAAUCCGCACGAAAUCCAAUCAAGACAAACUGUGGGAAGAGUUAUGCCAACACCUGGAAGAGGGAGUCAUCAAGACAGUGGUUUCAGAUCAUUCACCCUGCACGCCAGAUCUCAAGCUUCUUCCGUCCUACGUUCCAGGACAUUUGGCCCUACCAAAGGAUAAAGCCAAGUCAUUAGAGUUGGAGAAAGAUCGAGGUGAUUUCUUCUCUGCAUGGGGUGGAAUCUCAUCUGUUGGUAUGGGCCUACCCAUUUUGUGGAGUGAAAUGACGCGCCGAGGUUUGACGUCGAAAGAUGAUGCGAUUAUGGAUGUAGUAAAUUGGUGUUGUGUCAACACUGCAACUCAGGUCGGUCUUGAGCAACAGAAAGGCCAACUGGCAAUCGGAUUUGAUGCUGACGUUUGUGUUUUCGAUGAGACUACGGAGUGGGUGGUGGAGCCUAGCACGAUGUUGUUCCGCAACAAGUGCAGCCCCUAUCAAGGUAAGACAAUGACAGGACAAGUAAAGGCGACGAUUUUGCGAGGUCAACAAAUAUUCCUCCGAGACGGACCCAACAAUGGAUUUGUUGGAAAAGAAUGCUCUGGACAAUUGUUGCUGGAACCGAGAAGAGCCGAGUUGAAACGGACCAAAAGCUGGUUCAAGAGAUGGAUUUAUGACUUUUGA